AUGUGGAAAGAUAGUUAUUAUUUAAUUCAAAAUACCUCAAAUAGUAUCAAUAAAACAAAUUUAGAAAAUUCAUUCACAGCAACAGAUAUAAAUUUAAAUAUUCAUUAUUAUUAUUUAUUGGAUGUAAAUGGUCAAGUAAAUGUUGGUAUGAAUAAAUUUGAAUGUAUUGAACGUUAUGAAAUUGGCUACGAGUGUUACAAAUUUUCAAUCAAUUUAAUUCGAUUAAAUCAAAUCAAAGUACCAAUAUUAAAUUAUACUGAUAUUAUUGGAAUAUUAGGAUAUAAUGAUUCAAUAUUAAUAUGUGGUAAUCAUCCUUCAAAUAAUAGUUUAAUAGUAUAUAAAUACAACAUUACAACUGAAGAACAACAGUUUUUAUUUACAAAUAAUAUGAAAUUAACUCAUUUAAUUCAGCACCAAUUCGCAUCAAAUCAAAAUUGUCUAUUCUUUUCAAAUAAAUCAAAUUCAUCAAUUCUUUAUGAUAUAUUUAAUGAACGUAUCAUUUUAAAAAAUGAUAAAUUAAAUUUAAAUAUAUCGGAACAUUUAGAACAAGGUAAUGAAAGAACUAUCUACUAUUUUAUGCAUGAUGCUUCAAAUGAAAAAAAUAUACCACCAAUUAAUAGACCAGGCUAUUAUGGCCAACCAUUACCAACAGAAAAACAAUAUUAUAAUAAUAUAAUAACAAAUAAUUCAAAUUCUAUUUAUCAAUUAUCACCAGUAUUAAUUUUAUUAAUUUCAAUUUUUAUUUCAAUUUUAUUUUCCUAA